CAAAUACUAGCAAACGUGUAAUCAGGGAAGAAGAAAAAUGAAAAGAAAAAAACGUGUAAUCAUCUGAUCAAUCCGAAUAUUACAAGCAGUUGUACUUAUAACAAUAAUAAUAUUACGUGCGGAGCAAGCAGGUACUCGGAAUCGAAAGAUCGCAUCUGUUGAACGGAAGGUUAAUGGCCUGUUUGUGGCAACUUAAUUCUCAGUCAUAAACUGCAAUGGAUUACUACGACGAGGAUCCAAGACCACGUUUCCAGGUACAAAAAUCCCGCACACCCAUUUCUCAAAAUCUCAAGAAACCCGACGAGAUUGAUAAAAAACAAGCUGUAUUUUGCAUAACAAUAGGAAUCCUCAUCUUCAGCUAUGGCUGUCUACUGCCAGGCAUUUGGCAGAUCUUACUAACAUGGAUUGGCAUUUCAAUGGUAUUGGGUUCCUUGGCCCCGAUUUCUGUCACCGGCGGCGAUUGCACGGUCGGCGUCGGUGACCCUAUUGAAGAUCAACAGGAGUCGGAGAUUGAACCCCCAAAAGAAGAUUUUGAAAGAAAAAAUCUUAGGUCAAAAGCUAGGAGAUCCGAAUACCACAAUGCCGUAAAACCCAUUUCGAAUGGUUCAGAAGAGCACACGAGGAGUCGAACUCUAGAAAAAAAUUCCAGUUCGUCUGGAGGUUCUAGGGUUGCUGUGGUUUCCGAGGAUUCAAGGGUUUCCAAGGCUUCUGAGGAUUCUAGGGUUUCUAGGGUUUUGAGUAAUGAAGAAUGGUCUGCCGAGGAGGUUGAAUUAUUGAAAAAGCAGCUGGCUAAAAAUCCUCCCGGUAAGCCCGGGCGAUGGGAAGCCAUUGCUGAGGCAUUUGGUGGUAGUAUAACUGUGGAGUGUAUUAUUAAGAAGGCUAAAUCUCUAGGUGAAAAGAAGCCUGUGGAUGAUGAUUCUUACUCUAAAUUUCUUGAGCACAGGAAAGUUUUGGACAGGCCUGUUCUAUCGGAGCCUGAUAAAGCACCAAUUUUGGAGGAGAAAAUGGGAUGGAGCGAUGUAGAGGAUAAAGCAUUGUUGAAUGCUCUCAAGGCUUUUCCAAAGGAUACGAAUAUGCGUUGGGACAAGAUUGCUGCUGCUGUUCCUGGUAAAUCUAAAACUCAAUGCAUGAAAAGAUUUUCUGAGUUAAAACAAAAUUUUCGCAGUUCAAAGGCAUCAGAAACAUGAAGAAAAGGAAAAGAUGAUGGAACAAUCGAAUUCUAUGGUUUUUUCCUUUUUUAAAUUUGGAGUAUAUUCUCUUUGCGGAGUAACAUUUGGAUCGGGUGCCAUGAUCAACGGGUAUCUCUUCCGUCAGAGUAACUUAGAUAGCAAAUAUUCCUCAUGUAUCCUGGAGGUUGGCUAUGCAUGCUUUAUCACUUGAGUUCAUGUCAUUUUAACAUUAAAUAAUGAGGAAUCAUUAGCAGAAAGGGGGCUUCUUGUUUUUCUUGAAAUUCAAUAUAAUUUGCAAGAGUAAAAGCCCUUUAUCUGCUUCUAACGGUUUUUUUGCAAAUGUUUCCAUUUUAGUAGAUCUUACCUAGCAGGAAUCCUGAAUUUAAAAUUGAAGCCAUAUUUGGCUUUGCAGAGAUUAUCAUCAUUCGCUUUGUAAGCUGUAUUUGGAUUUUGCUUCACAUGAAUAAUGAAACAUAACCUGUCAAUGUGAGGAAGUGGUUACUGUACAUUA